UUUGUCUUUGUUCAUCUCCACAAAGUAGUUCCCUCCGCAUUUAUGAUUAGCGUGUUGGUGGCUGGGAUUGGAUUCUAUUGUUGACAGCUACUCUCCGUUUCUCGUAUCUUUCUCCCUGCAAAGAACUUUAAGACAAUUAAUAAGAAUGAGCAGAAUGUUGAAUCGCCGUCUGGCUCAUUCGUUAGCUUCUUCUUUCUCGACGGCGACGAAAACACCAACUUUAUAUGGCUGGGGCAACAGAAAAGCACUUCCAUUGACGGCAUGUACCGAGAAUGACGUUUUUCUUAAACCUGUACGACUCGACAUUCGACCUGAAUAUGCAUUGCCACAAGAAUCAGUUAUAACACACAUUGCAGCCGGGUGGGGCCACUCACUACUUGCUACGGACGCAAAGCGUGUAUAUGGUUUCGGUUUGAGCCGUUGUGGCCAAGCAGGUGAAAGUGAAGGCGGUGGUCUUGUAUUUGAGUGUCCGGCAGCAGAUGAUCACAGGGAUAUCCAAAUACGACAAUUGGCAUGCGGACGAGAACAUUCACAUAUCGUUACCACGUCGCAACAACAGCAUCAACAAGGGAAUCGUCAUGGACAAGAAACGCAGCUGUAUUCGUUUGGAAACAACAUGUAUGGCCAGCUCGGUCUUGGAAAGAGCAAAGAAACGCACCCAGGGACAUUUGUAAUGCAAACUCGACCGCAGGCUGUGGAAACUUGCAUGAUGAACAUCACCGACAUUGCAUGCGGUCUAGACCACACUGUGUUUGUUGCAGAAGAUAAGCAUGUAUAUGCAAUGGGUUGGGGUGCAGAUGGCCAGCUGGGUCUGGCUGAAGGAUGGACGGGUGAUAAAAACCUACCCACUCAACUGCCAUCGCUCGGUGGUGCACCCAUAAAAAAGAUUGCCGGAUCUACAGAUUUCACACUCGCCUUGACAGCUGAUGGUGGAUUAUGGACCUGGGGUAACUCUGAAUAUGGUCAAGGCAUGACUGGCGCCAAAAUUGAUCGGAUUCUGCAACCCAUUCGGUUAGAGCAUCGAGGCAUUGUAGAUAUUGCAGCUGGAGGACCGUUCUCGGUAGUGCUUGCUGAGGACGGCUCGGUACACACAUGUGGCUAUGGUGCCCUGGGACUAGGUAGAGAUACAAUUGAAACGCUGAGCCUGCAGCGCAUACGCGAUCUUCCACAAAUCCAGAAGGUUUUCGCCACAACCGAUUUCGCGGCCGCAGUUGCAGCAUCGGGCGAAUUGUUUACGUGGGGUCUGAAUGGGUCAAGUGGUCGGCUGGGUUUGGGUCAUCAGGAACACGCAUUCCAAGCUGAGCGUGUGGAUAUAGACAAAGAAGUACAUGACAUGGUGUUAGGAACGAACCACGCCUUGGCCAUCUGUAUAUAGAGUUUACUUCGUUCUCUCUGGAACGCGCCUCGUGAGGUAACGACCUGAAUUGAAAAGCUAUCUGGUGAUAGUUAUUGCGCUCUGUAGUGUUCAUACAUACAUAGAUACAUACAUACAAUACGAAGCUGUUGUUGUUGUUGAUGUGGCUCAUGCGUGCACCCGUGAAAAAUGGGUCAGAUGGAAGAAGUUAUAUAAUGAACGCCCCCCUUG